AUGGAUCCGGGAAUUCUUUGUUUCCACCAUUGUGAACACAAAGUUUUUUGUACCAUAAUACCAGAAAAUUGUCCUGUUUGUCAACAGAAACUAGACAGAUACGACUAUAAUCUCUUGCCUUUUAGAGUACCAUAUCCCUUCGUAAAAGCCUCUCAACAUCCGCGGGCCAUCGUUAUGAAACCUACUCAUGGGGAUUUUCUCAAUGACUAUUAUAACUCUAAAGAUUUACAUAUAGGCGUCACUAAUUCACAAGGGUAUGUAGUAGAGUUCAGCGAGGAGGGCAUCCGGGCCGUUGACCCUGUCACUAAAAAGUGGAGUGAGUGUGAAACUAGUCUAGACUGGGACCAAUGUCUUUUAUUAGAACAAUUCGAUGAAUUGUGGAAUGAAAUUUGGGAUGGAGUGUUAUUGAAGGUGAGCCUUAGUCCAUUGUGGGAGGCAGAGAGGUAUAAUGAGGAAAGACACAACUGCUUUACCUUUGUAUUAGCAUUUCUCCGAGCACUUGACUGUGGAGAACUGUCAGAAAGAGCACAGGACCCUAAACUAUUUUGUAAACAGUAUGUGGUACCACGAACAUCUGCUGCUGGAAAAUAUAUAUCACUAUAUAGACAAUUAAAGAGACAAAGUUAUUUCAUACAGAAACAGUGAUAGCCUAUCUAAUUUAUUUUUUAAUUGUAUGUAUUUAUUUAUGAGUUCAGUAUUAUCUGUGAUUUCUAAUAUUUAGAUAAGUAAUUUUGAAAUUUAAAUGCAUUUAAUUUAAACCAAAUAGAUUUAUUUGAUUUCUUAUUUAUUUAAAUAUUUAUAUUUACUUAACUUUUGAUUGGUAAUAAAAGAAAACUGGUUUUUACUUAAAUCUAUCACAGUCUAAUCUAUAUAUAAUUGGAUAAGAUAUUAAAAUCAAACAAAGGCUAAGAGAGGCUGUGUUACAUUUUCUGUUUUUGAACGGACCAGAUAUAUUUAAUAAUAUUAUUAAAAAAAAGACUAAUAAUUACUUUUCUUUAAGUUUACUACAAGUAAUCAAUUUAUAAUGGCCUAGUUUUAUGUCUAAAAAUGAUUUUAUAUAGUGUAUUAUUUCCAGAAAAUACUUAUCUUCCAAAUGUAUAUGUUACCAUAAACAAAUUUUUGAUUUAUUUAUUUGAAUUAAGUUAGCUCUCACAAAUAAAGUGCUUAUAGUUAGUAAACUUCGAUUAAAAGUAACCAAUUUUACAUUAAGUCGAUGUUGCAUAUCCUUUUAUUAGUAUUAAUCGAACUAUAUCUCAGUGUAUUGAAAACGAUUUAAUACAUAUAAUGUAUCUAUAAAAAGUUAUAUGUUGUAGUCAAUUAGAGUUUUCUAAACAUUUACAUUCAUGAUUAUUCUAUAAAGUCCUCAUAUACAUUCAAGUCGUUCCAUAUUCGUCUUCUAUUAGAUAAAUGUAGGGUUUUUACAGUGUAUUCCUUUUAUAACAUAAAUUAAAUAGUAUAAGUCCUUGUAAUAUUUAAAUUAAAAAUCGAAAAGUUGUUAUAUUUGUAAUUGCCGUAUUUACUCUAGGGCCUAAAGAGUCAUGGUCCGGUGCCGUAAGCAGCGAGUGGCACUUGAAGCUGCACCUCACUGCUUAGUUUUGAAAUAUACGCUUGUUUUAAUUGAGCAGUAAACUUCAUAGGCCCUCGGCGCUAAAUGUUAAAAUACGUACUGCAUAUUUGUAAUAUGAAGAAACAUUUCCUUUUUAAUGUUACAACAUUAAAUGAUGAGAAAAAAGUUGAAUAAGUAGGUUCUGUUUUUUAAAUAUUUGUACAUUAUUUACUUUGUUUUUGUACAUAAUGUUAAGGAGUCUUUGAAAUGCUGUAAUGCCACGUAGUAGAUCAUCAUGUCUGUGAAGGUGUUGGUGUCCUAUGACUUGAUUGAUAGUAAUGCUAUGACUAUAUAUGUAACACAAGCGAUGUUUGGAAUUAUAGUUUUUCUAGGAAGGAAUUUCUAAAGGAAUUCUUUAUAAUACCAUUUAUGUUAGAUACAGAAGCUGUAUUUAGCCAAAACUGUCAUUAAAUGUUUUUAUGAUGAGUUAAAAAAUGUACAGGUAUGAAAUAUUUUCUGUGUUUCUCACAGAAAUCAUAUUAGUACAGCUUUAUAUCGAGUCUAAAUAAGGAAUUAAAAUUACAAACAUGUAUUUGACUAGUCAAAUCAGUAUUUAGAACAUUGCAUUAGAGAUACAAAACUAAAGUGAUACGCUAAUAUUUGUGGGUAUGAAGUAUUUAUUAUGAUAUUGAUUUAUAUAGAAUCCAGCCAGCAGUGACUUAAACGAUAAAAAAAAUUAAGAUAUAAAACUUUUUACGAAUAUAUAUCCUCCUAUGACAAGUGAUACAAUUCAAAAAUCGUAAUUUUCUGGUAAAUAUUUAAUUUUAAAAACUAAAUUUACGAAAAAAAAAAAUUGCACCUUUUUCACAUUUAUUAAAUGCUAAAAUGAUGUGAUAAAAUGAUACUUGUGAAGUUACAUUACGUUACACCUAUAGCUUAUCAUUGCCUAAACUCUAGAAUAAUGAUACUAGCGCAAUGUUCCUCAAACAAAAGAAAAUAAUAUAACCCUUUGGAUUUAAUUUUUCACUCCCCUAUUCAUAUAAUUUCCUGAAUCUUACCAGUUUACGAAAGUUUUAGGUACAAAGGGAUAUAAAUCUAGAUAGCUAAAUCAGUUAUCACGAAAAUGUAAAGAGAAAUAAAUGUCAAAUUAAAUAUACCACACGUAAAAUCGCAUUUAAAUCACAAAACACGAAAAAUACUUUGAGUGAUUGGUGGAUUGGAAAUUUUUGAACACAGUUUUAUGACUUAAUUAUAGCAGACAGAAUAACGUGCCCAUGUUCAGAUAAAAAAAAGGUUUUAACUCGACUUAUAUCACUUAUUACAGGAAGCACCGAUAUUUAAACUAUUUUAAAAUAACACACAUUGCUUGCAUUUUAUGGUUUUUGGUUAAAUAUAUACUCAUAACAAUUAUUUUAUAUUUCAUAUCAAAUAUUGCCAAAUCAUUGGUCUCAUAUAUGGCGGAUUCUUCUUUCAUGUAAAUAAAUGGCAUACAUAUUCCUUUUCAGUGUGUUGAGAUUAUAUGUGUAUUAUGAUUAUAUUCAUAUAUAAAUGUCUGAAGUAAUGAAUAAGUCUGUAAAUGUCGAAUAUACUGCCAUUAGUGAGACUUGAAAUUUUAUAAUUAUAGGUUUAAGUAGUUGGUACAAAAAAAUUUGGAAUUGAUUUUUCUUUGAGGUAAAUAUACUUGGUUCUUCAAUUAGACUUAAUUAAACUAAUAUUAAAUAAGACAGGUUUUGUGAUUCUCAUGCACUUGAAUUACGUAUUGCGAGCACUCCUAUUCACAGUCAAGUCAAUCAAAUAUCCUGACUCCUUUAAUUCUUGCCUAAAAAUUAUUAUCUUACCUUUAAAUAUGAGUGCUUGCAUCUAUUGUAAUUUUCUAUACGAAUUUUUUGUAUUGAUCUCUAAGACAAUUUUUCUAGGUGCUACAAUUAGAAUUAAAUAAUUGUUACGAAAAUUUCGGUACUUUUUUAUGUUUUUGAAAUAAAGGACAUAAUUUAUU